AUGUUUAAGUAUCCAUAUUUUCUUAUUCCGUUAACAGUUAAUUAUUAUUUACAAAUGUUAGGUCUGGAAACAGAGAGAAAACUCGCCCAACUGCUCUACAUUUUAUCACAGGGAGAAAAACAAGUUGAAGCUGCACGGCAAAAUCUGUGCCAAAACCGAGAAUUUGAGCCAUAUAGUGCCUUUAAAUUCCUAGAUCGAGCUGGUCUAGGCUCCAUCUCCCUUAUUGACGUUUUAAGCUUUUUAGAAAGAAACCGAGUUUAUUGCACAGAACAAGACUGCCAGCUAUUAAUAAGACAAUAUGACGCCAAUUCUGAUGGGCGGCUUUCUUUAAGUGAGUUUACCCAGCUUGCUCUCCCCAGCGCAAAUCAGCUUUUACGAGACCUCACACAAGCAAGACCAGCUUAUCCAAGAGUUUCUUCUGACGUGGAGUAUUUAUUGAUGAGGCUUUUUGAGACUGAAAUUCAGGUACAAAGAGAUAUGGAGGAUUCCAGGAAAAAUUUGGCUGAAAGAUAUGAUUUUAAUUUAAUUGAUGCGUAUAGGGCUAUUGAUGUAAGGAGAGGCUCAGGGUUUGAGAGAGCUGAGCUGUUUAGCUUUAUGAGGAGGCAUGAAUUUAUGGUGCUAGAUGAAGAUAUUGAUGCAAUUUAUAGGAGAAUUGAUAAUGAUGGGGAUGGGAUUAUUAGUUAUAGCGAAUUUGUGGAUGGGCUAUUGCCUGCUAAACCUGUGAGGGGGAGCUUGAGGAGCUCUGCAGGAUUUUCAGAAGUAAGGGCAAGCUCACCAUUGAGGAGGUCACCAUCAAGGUCUUCACCGUUGAGGGAGUCUCCAAUGAGAAGCACCUAUACAUCGUCACCUUCUAAAAGUUUUUAUGAGCCAAGGGCAAGUUCUCCAUUGAGAAGAUCGUCGCCUAGCCGUAAUGAAAUUACUUAUCAGUCACCUAGAAGAAGCUCCCCAUUAAGAUUUUCACCUUUAAGAAGCUCAUCUCCUAGCAGAAUUGAAAGCAGUUAUCAAUCAAGAUCACCAUUAAGAAACUCUUCUCCAUUGCGGAGAUCAUCUCCAAGCCGAACUGAUUCUUUAUAUCAGUCUCGGUCACCAUUGAGAAAUUCUUCACCUUUAAGAUCAUCUCCAUCUAAAAGUGUGUCUUUUUACCAAAAAUAAAUAAAAUGGAAGUAUGAAGAUUAAUUUCAAUAUUAUUUUAAAUAAUUAGGAUUAUGUGCCUCAAGACGGAUCCCUAGAAAUGUUACAGGACUAAAAAAGGCAAAAUAAUAUAUAUAAGAAAUUAAUUUUUUUACCAAAGUCCUGAAAAAAAUUCAUCAAUUAGAAGCCCAGAAAAAACAUUUAGCAGCUCAAGAAGAAGUCAUUCUUCGGCCAAAAAAUCUGAUUAUUCCUCACCAAAUAAAUCACGAUCCAGAAACGGUAAAUUAAGCUACUCAGAAUUCAGCAUUUAUGAAGAAAACGAGCUAGUCAGCAUGCUGCAAGAACAAAUCAGACUUAACAGAGAUCUUGACAAGCUAAAAAUCGAGCUCAGCCUCAAGCCCGACUUCAAUCUUGUCGACGCCUUCAGAAUUUUCGAUUUAAAUGACAGAAGCGUCAUCAUAAUUAAAAUAUGGCCUACAGCCAUGCGUCUUUGAGCGCAUAUUUUAUUAUAUUCGGCAAGUUUUUGCCAACCCCGAAAUAGGUAGCUCUACUAGGUAUAGAAAUUGCCCGAGGAUGGCUCAAAAUAGCGCCAUCCUCGGGCAAUUUCUAUAAUCAAUUCUGAUAAUGCACAGAGCCUAGCCCUCAGGAAGGGGAAGCUCAGCAAAGUCUAUAGGAAAUGCCUAGACCAUUCGAGCAACUCUCUAGCGCGGAACUAAGAGAUACGCCUCGGGCUUUAAAUUUUUUCUUUUUGCCUCGACCAGAAAUUCCAAUUUUGGGGUAAACUUUCCUUUAACACAUCUUUAACACAUGCAGAACGUGGCAGAAGUUCAUAUCAUUUCCUCUCAAUAUUGAAGCCGUAAAGGCAAGGAGGAGACGGAGAUAUAGAACUCUACUUCACAGAUGUCAUGCGUCAAGCCAUGAGAAAGGAAAGGCGGUGUUUGAGCCUUAACUCUCCAGGUGAAUCAUCCCAACUCAAAGAAUUUCUCCUGUCAACGUUGCACCAAUAAGGUCCUUGGUGGCUGCGUUAUCAAUAGUCAGCAGCCAAACCUGUAAUAAGUUUAAGACAGAAGUGCCAUCACCACUUUAGACGUAGAAAGCGCAAUCCAAGAAAUGGCCCCUAUCGCCCUCCGUGACGAAGUAUACCUCCUAAUCCGUCACUAUUCUUCUCUCCAAGACGGCCAGUUGCGUUUUUCUGAUUUUUCAGAAAUGUUUACACCUAAACAAGAAGACUACUCAAGACUUUUGCGGAAUCGGCAGCCUUAUAACGUAAGUUUUGCCCAGCGUCGACGAGUGUUUUCCCGUGACACCACUUCUUUGUUUAUUGAUGUCCUUAGGCUUCAUUUAGAUGCUGAAAGGGUUGCAGAAAGUUUGAGACAAAGAUUGUCAAGAAGGCCUGAAUUUAAUAUGCAUGAAGCUUUUCAGGCUAUCGACAGGGAUAGAAAUGGGUAUAUUACGAUUGAUGAAUUUAAGGACAUUUUAGAAGAUCACAAUAUUUUUGUUAAUAGAAAAGAUUUAGAAGCUCUUAUGCAGAGAUAUGAUAAAAAUAAGGACGGAAGGGUGAGCUAUUCUGAGUUUGUCCAAGAAGUGACACCAAAGUCUCCUAGGAAAUAUUAA